AUGGGUGUACAUAUAUUUGGUAAAGCUAUCAAACAUAAUGCUCUUGUGAGGGUAAGUGAGCUUAACCACCUACGUUUUCAAUUAUUUCUGAUACUAACUUUGUUAAAGAUUGGAUUAGCGAAAAAGAUUUUUGGAGUAGGAUAUGAAACAGCUGAAAAAAUUUGUGCUAAGGUGGGUAUUUACCCUCAAAUGAGAAUGAAUCAGUUGUCAGAGCAACAAGUAAUGGCAAUAAAUAAGGAGCUCUCUGAUCUAUUAAUUGAGGGACAUUUGAAGCAGAAAAUUUUGGAUGAUAUUAAAUUGAAACGUUCGAUAGGAUCAUACGCUGGUUCAAGACACGCGGCGGGAUUACCUGUGCGUGGACAGAGAACUAGAAACAACUCAUCUACUGCAAAGAGACUAAAUAAAUUAGACCGGUAUCUUUAA